UCCAUUUUUUAGGAUUACAGACUCGAACAAUGCAGGCUUGAAGGUCUGUUGCUGGACGAAGAGAGUGCAGUUACUGACAGUGGAGGAACUCCAUGCCUUCAAGGCUAUAACAACAGGCCAGAUAUGUAUGGCUAUGUGAAUAUGCUGCUUAAGUGAGGAGAUCAAGACUCUGGAAUGAAUUUCUGUUGGGUGUGUGAAACCAAGGAGCUUUUUUGUACUUGAAGGGCACAUAUUCACUAUUCAUCUAUUAAGGCUAUAUCAUCGGGGAUUUUUUUUUAUUUCAGCGUUGAAUAAAGGUAUUUAGCGAAACUUGGCAGAUUUAUGAAAUCAUAAAAAUCUGGAAAAUCAGCAGAAUUUUCUACAUCAUGGGCGCUUUCGAAAGUCGCAACAGUUUCAAUACACGGAGAAAUGUGUAUGUGCUAACGCCAAAAGGACAAUAUUUGCAUUGGAUACUUCAGUGGGUAUGAGCACCAAGAAUCUUAAUGCACUGGAACCUGCAUCUUGAGUUUAUACGAUCCAGUUUUCCUGUAGGGUAGCCUAAAUGACGGAAUUUUAAAAAUGCACUUUCAUUUUUAAUACUGUUGGAAUGGGCUACAUGCCGAAGUCGAGAUAAGGGAGAUAGGGUAUACCCUUUGUUAAGACUGUUUGAUCUAAUUCCGUGUUCGAAAUAAAACACUGGACGAGCAUUGUUGGGGGGACUUGACAGAUACUCCAUCGGCUGCGGUGACCAAAGCUGGUCGCUAUCAUAAUGAAUUGACUUCAAUGCAACAUGGAAACCCGCACGCGCUGUAAAUUCCGAUUGUCUUUCUCGAAUGGUUGAGUGGAACAUGAUAGCAGAGAAGAAAAGUUAACUUUCGAAGAGUAAAUUCCCGUGUUUGCAAAAUAAUCACUUUAUGCUAAACAGGUUCUGCCCUUGAACUAAAGACCCGCUGGUUUUUAAUAAAAUACAAUGGUCUUACAAUGUCCUAGAAGUGGCGUAUAUGUUCCCAGCGGCAAAGGAUCAGGUAGGCUACUCAGAGGAUCAGUAAUGCGAAUAAUCACAUACGACCGUGAGCAUUCAAUGAGUACAAAAAUUACAACUGACAUAUACAAAAUAUUACCUAUGUCCCGCUCAGAUGAAUAUUCUAGUCUUCUAAUUCAAAGAUAAGGUGAUAUAAAAAUCGGUGUUUCUGGAGCCGAGAAAGAAGGCGCUUUGUUAUGCAAGUGGUAUUAUUUCGCAUCAGUCAGAGAUGAAGGAAAAGUCAAAGAAUGCGGCGAAGACGAGACGGGAAAAGGAAAAUGGAGAAUUUUAUGAACUGGCGAAAUUAUUGCCAUUGCCCUCAGCCAUCACCUCGCAGCUGGACAAGGCUUCAAUCAUUCGUCUAACAACCAGUUACCUGAAAAUGAGAGCCGUGUUUCCCGAGGGGCUGGGAGAGGCAUGGGGGCAUCCCUCCCGAAUCAGCCCACUGGACAACAUGGCCAAGGAACUGGGAUCCCACCUGCUUCAGACUCUGGACGGCUUUGUGUUUGUUGUUGCCUCGGAUGGAAAAAUCAUGUACAUCUCAGAGACAGCCUCCGUUCACCUGGGGUUAUCACAGGUGGAACUGACUGGGAACAGCAUCUUUGAGUAUAUCCACCCAUCAGACCAUGACGAGAUGACAGCAGUGCUGACGGCCCAUCAGCCCCUCCAUCCCCACUUCCUGCAAGAGUACGAGAUGGAGCGGUCCUUCUUCCUGAGGAUGAAGUGCGUGCUGGCCAAGCGGAACGCCGGGCUCACAUGCGGGGGCUACAAGGUUAUCCACUGCAGCGGGUACCUGAAGAUCCGGCAGUACGUCAUGGACAUGGCUUUGUAUGACUCCUGCUACCAGAUCGUAGGGCUGGUGGCAGUGGGCCAUUCACUGCCCCCUAGUGGCAUCACCGAGAUCAAGCUGCACAGCAACAUGUUCAUGUUCCGCGCCAGCCUAGACCUUAAGCUCAUCUUCCUUGACUCUCGGGUGGCUGAGCUGACAGGUUACGAGCCACAGGAUCUAAUAGAGAAGACCCUGUAUCAUCAUGUCCACGGCUGUGAUGUGUUCCACCUAAGAUAUGCCCAUCACCUGUUGCUCGUGAAAGGCCAGGUCACCACAAAGUACUACCGGCUGCUGUCCAAGCACGGGGGCUGGGUGUGGGUGCAGAGCUACGCCACCAUCGUGCACAACAGCCGCUCCUCGCGCCCCCACUGCAUCGUCAGCGUCAACUAUGUCCUGACGGAGAUUGAGUACAAAGACCUGCAGCUCUCUCAAGACCAGACCAGAACUGCCAAGCCUGGCCUCGCCUUCAAGACCACACUCACUUCCUCUCAGGACUCCCGCAAACAACUCAAACCCAAAGCAGUCAAGAUCAAAACCAAACCCAAAAUGGCCCCUUACCCCCAGCCAAACAGCACCUUUAAUCCAGACAAAAUGGACUGCGCCUCGCAGGCAGGGACCUGGAAAGAGAGCCCACCGUUCGGUCUGACUCCCUGCCAGGAGGCAAGCGGUGUGCCCGAGGGGGGCGAGGUCCUGUGCGAGGUUCCUUACGGGCUGUCCUUCCCCUUCCCAUACGGGCACUUCCCCGCCGACCCCCCCACGCUGGCGGGCAGGAAGCUCCGGCCGCCCCAGGGCUCGCCGUGCCAGGCCGCGCGCCAGCUGCUCAGCUCCCUGCAGGCCCGGGGCGAAGGCCGCUGGAGCUGCGCCAGCCCCUGCUCCGCCCGCCCCGCCAAGGCCCUGCACGGCCACGCCCAGAGCACCUCCCCUCUGCCCUGCACCGCCACGUUCUCAGGACCCGCAGCGAGCAGAAGGUACGCAAGUGGCGAUUUGGCGCAUGACGGAUUUUCCAGCUGCUCAACCCCCAGACCUAACAGCAGGUUGAAGGAAGAGCCUUACGAACAUAACACAGUGGGCCAGGCCAAGACAGAGGGCGGCCUGCAGGCUCCUCAACAGGCCGCUAAGGAAGACAGCAAGAUGCAGUUCAUCCGAGACCCCAAAGACUCCCUGGGCUGCAGGGAAAAGCCCCUGCUAGGGCCCCUGGGAAGCCCCGCCCUGAGCAAAGCUAGCUGUGACCACCCACGACCCCUCCACGGCCUCGGCCAGCACCUGCCCAUGCAGGUGGUGCUGGAGCAGAGGCGGAGGCUCUGCAUGAUGGAGUCCUCGUACACGCACCACCUGGCGGAGCACCCCGGCCUGGAGCAGGCAGACAGUAACGGGGAGCGUGGGGGCGGGGCUGGAGGCGGGCUCCGGACCCUGGAGCAUGGCGGCGAGGAAGAGCAGAGGGUGUUAAUGGGACAGGCGCCCUACGUGUCCCUGAACUUUCACCACGUCCUGGCCAAGCACGGGUCCUUCCAGGCCCCACCCUACACACUGGCGGGACACCUGACGGACAGCUACAGCUACAGAGGGGGGGAGGUGAACUCUUACCUCUACAAGAACCAAAGCCCCGCCUCCAGUUCCUCGCCAGAGAUACACAGAGAAAUCCCGCACUACAUUGGCACGUCCGUCAUCAUAACCAAUGAGAGGUGACACAGUACAGGUCCUGAGAGGGUGAGCAGAACUUGCCUGGCUCCGCCCCUCCACCGUGCCCUGGGACUUUAUCAUUGUGAAAUAAGUACAAUGCCAGAAGCCAUUACUACUAAAGAUGUAUGUAACAUGAGACAUUUUAUAAGACCAGCCCUCACACACACACACAUACACCUGUCAACACUAGUUGUUGGUUGAUCUUUUAUACACAAUGUAUUUGGUUCACCAAACAUCAAGACUCCUCAAAAAGGAAAUAAACAGUAACUUCAGGUUUAUUGCCUGAGAAUUUUAUACAUAUUUUUUGCAGGCUCUUUUAACAAUUAGAAUAUUUAAUGUAUUGCCAAACACUAGUUCUAACAGUUAUUUUUCUUAGAAUGUCAAUACUUAUGAAAAAACAUUCUAAUGAGAGAUCAAUGUAUCUUCAAUCUGGCCUGAAAAUGUUGACAGAAAAAAUUGAACAUUUUUCCCAGGGUGCUAUGUGUAUGCUAGUGUUGUCCUUAUGUUGCUUAUUUCUUCAUCAGCUCAAUCCUUCACCAUUUUUGGUAAAUUAAAGGCUGUAACUCAUAACUCAUAAAUACCCGUGUUCUAUAGAAAAUGCACAGGUGUAAAUGUAUACAGCUGAUUAUCUUUUUCAGCUGGCAUACAUGCGUGGAA